AUGUAUUACCCCGAAAUCGAUAGCAAAUUCUUAUCCAGACUCUUAUCCCUACUGACACUGCACGUGACAUCAGAUUUCCUUGCCUACACUAGGCUACACAAUGUGGCUCUGAUCAUUGAUGGGCUCCGCCCACACCGGUGUGAUGUUCGUCAAUGUCGACGAACCGAGUAAAGUGCCAUAGACUGAUCGGUAGCUGAAUUGGAACACGUUGUUACAGAUCAGGCAGUUCUCAAGCAUUGCGUACGUUACCUGCAAUCAUGAUUCUGAUCGCAGGGAAGUUGAUGGUUUGGACACGCGCGAUUCCAUCGAAGGAUCUGUGACACCAGAAGUGAUUUUUACUACAAAGAGAAGCAUCGGGAAUAAAGAUGUAUGAUAUUCUAAGCCUCCCCCCCCACUUCCUCCGGCCCUCUCCCAAGUUAUAUAACAUGGCGUCCCCUGGACUAACAAUUCAACAAACCGAAGUUGUUGGUACGGUCUUGCCCAUCGCUGCGAUGGUGGUCACUUCAUUCCGUCUGUUCGUGCGGAUGCGACAACGCCGUCUUUGGUUAGACGAUGUUUGGGCCGCGCUUGCCAUUGUAUUCGAUAUAAUUUCUUUGGUAGCAUUCUGGUUGUAUCUGCAUGACUACGCUCGAUAUUCUCAAAAUACAAGGGUGGCAUUGUAUUAUACAAACGUACAGAUCUUCUAUGCGGUCGUUUGGUCGUCCAGGAUCUCGAUUUUAUUCACAGUUGUGCGAUUGACUUCACCUGGCUCACUGAGGAGAUGGAUAGUGCGUACCGCCGUCGCAUUUGUGGUUGCAUGGAUGAUCCUUGGCGCGCAAAUAUUUUGGACCUGCGAAGCAGAAAGUGGUUGGAAAACGCAACCGCGCCCUCAGUGCGAUACAGGUAGGAACGUUGCCAUUGCACAGAUAAUUACUGAUGUGAUCGGUGACACGAUCUUAAUACUAGCACCAUUCCGUCUAAUUCACCAAGUCAGGCUCACUAGGGCCCAGAAGAUCCGACUUCUGUCUAUUUUUUCGACGUCUGCUGUUACCACUGUCGUCAGCCUCACCCAUGCAUAUUAUGUGUUUUAUAAUGGCGGGCUGAAAGUAAUCAUUGCUGCUGUGGUUGAGGUAUCAAUUAGCUUGAUUGUGGCGAACUUGAGCGUACUUGUCGCUUUCCUCUUUCGCAUCAGCACUGAAGAUCCCACAACCUCUGUUCCACUGGAAUUCACGUCCAUAAUCACCUUGGGCUCACAGCUGAUUCGGAGCGGAACACGGUACAAUCCUUCCUCAACGUCAACGAUGGUGGUUAUGGUUGAGACCCAGACAAUGAAAGUGAAUGAUGUCGGCACGGCUCCUAAGCAAGCUGCUGGAACAAACGGCAAUGAUAUCGAAGUUGCAUCCCUUCAAAUACCUGCCAAGCCAGGUCCGUUGCAUGACACUUAGUUAAUGUGAUUGAUAUAGUUCCAUCUGCGUUCACCCCGUGGUACUUGUCAUUCUCUUUUCCGUUAUUUCUGCAACAAUAUUGCCCGUCCUACUCUAAGUGAUCAUUACACGGGCUCGACAUCAAGAAAUCGGCUCGAUAUCCAAUGUCAUUCUGACACCAAAUAAACAUUCAGUCCGUG